AUGUCUCGUGCGACGUCGUACGGACGUUACACGCCGGCGGGAGAGCACGUUGACCGCCUCCGUUGGCGUUUGCGCUCUGGCGCCAUGGCCCGGUCGCGCUCCGCCAUCACGCGGACGGAAGUUCUGGAGCAGAUUGUUGACGUUGGCGAAGGAGUUACGGCGAACAUGUUCGAGCAGCUUCUGGCCAGGCUGGAGCAACACGGACUCCGCCGCUGCCUCGCCGACGAGGCGAACGACAUCGGUGCGGCUGCUGCUGGUGAUGAUGGUGGUGGUAGUGGCAGUAGGGGGGGCGAGCAAGCGGAGGGACACCACAUCCAUGAGGUGUCACGGCCCUUGUCGGAGCAGCCCGAAGGUGACGCGCGGAAGCCGUACUACUACUUGUGUGUGCCGUGCGAGCUGCGGCUGACAGACGUCUUGAUGUCAGCGGCGACGCUUGCGAUGUUGCAGGACGCGCACUACCACUUCUCCUCCGCGGAGCAUCGUCGUAUCGCGUCGUGGAUGGGCGAGACGGACAUUGACUGCACGCUGCAGACCUCCUCCGAGCUGGACCCAACGGCCUACGCACGUAUCCAUGUGAACGGGGUCCCGAUGCUGCUCUCGACGCGCCCGGGGGGAGGCGACAUGUUCUUUCCGCUUCCACAUGAGGUGCGGGAGCGCGAUAUCACUGCGCUGUCGGGCGCGGGUGAACCGCUGCAGUUGGCCUCUUCGGAGCCUCACACAGAGGUAUGGAACCAGCCGUUGCGUUCCAUCUUCACUGGGGCGAAGCAGCUGCUAUACACCGCAGAGGACCGUGAAGAGGUCUGCGUGAUGCACUUUCCUUCUCUGGCCUGUCGGCGGAGCUUCACUGUAGUGCAGCACAUCCCCAUGGAGGUGUACAGGGAGGAAAGCUUUGUUGGAUGUGCCACGGUGCCGGCACUCUUUGAGGUUGCUCAGAAACGCUUGCUGAAGGAGGAACGAAAUCCCGCGAGCAGUGGCGGUUUCCGAGUCGGUUAUGCCGUUGCCGAGAAGCCCACUAUGAUCUGGCAAGAGGACGCCGAUCCAACAUCGAGUCGUACCGUUGUGCGACACGACGGCAUCUACCGUAUUGUGCUGCUGCAUUCAGAUUUUGCGGCACGCCUGAUGUCUGAAGGAGAUCAACACGAUGGUUUGAUGCAGACAAGCAUCAAGGAGGACAAAAAGAGUCAGAUGCUCACGGCCGAGGCGUUAAGUCAAUUCCGCACGGCCUCCACUGGAAGGGCGUUUUGCACUGAGCUGAAUGCAUCCGAACUGAGCAAUAGUGGCAUGUGGAGCCGCUCGGAGGAACCAUCUGAUGUGAGCAGCUGA